CAGUACCUCGAGCUGCGUUUCAGCAAAGCCGUGCGGAUCUGUGGCACCGUGACCUUCAUCUUUCAGAUGGUGGUCUACAUGGGUGUGGUCCUGUACGCCCCCGCACUGGCCCUCAAUGCAGUUACUGGAUUUCAUCUCUGGGGGGCAGUGCUGGCCAUGGGUCUUGUUUGUACUCUGUACACAACACUGGGUGGGCUGAAGGCCGUGAUCUGGACGGACGUGUUCCAGACUGUGGUUAUGUUUGCGGGCCAGCUGGCGGUCAUAGUGGUGGGGGCCCAUCAGGCUGGGGGCAUCGCUGAGGUCUGGAGGAAGGCUCAGAAUGGGAGCCGCAUAGCUGGCCUGGAUUUGAACCCUGACCCCUUGGAGAGGCACACCUUCUGGACGCUGGGAGUGGGUGGCAUCUUCCUCAUGCUGGCUCUGUAUGGGGUGAACCAGGCCCAAGUGCAAAGAUACCUCAGCUCCCGCACUGAGAAGGAGGCCAUCAUGUCCUGCUACGUGGUCUUUCCCUGCCAGCAGAUUGUUCUGGCGCUGGGCUGCCUCAUGGGUCUGGUGAUGUUUGCUCGUUAUGGUGAGGACAGCCCCUUGGACAAGGGGUACGUUCACUCAAAUGACCAGAUGGUGCUAUACUUUGUCAUGGACGUGCUGCAAGACCUGCCAGGCCUGCCUGGACUCUUUGUAGCCUGCUUGUUCAGCGGAGCCCUCAGCACGAUCUCGUCCGCCUUCAACUCCCUGGCCACGGUGACCAUGGAGGACCUGAUAAAGCCCCACUUCCCCACGAUGACGGAGACCAGGGCGACGCUGCUGUCCAAGGGUCUCGCUUUGUCCUAUGGGCUGGUGUGUCUUGCCAUGGCGUACAUAGCCUCCCAGAUGGGAUCUGUACUGCAGGCGGCACUCAGUAUUUUUGGGAUGGUAGGGGGUCCACUUCUGGGCCUUUUCUGCCUUGGAAUGUUCUUCCCAUGGGCAAACUCUGUGGGUGCCAUAACUGGGUUGGUGGCAGGUCUGGUCAUGGCCUUCUGGAUCGGUAUCGGCAGCUUCAUGGCCCGCAUCCAGCUAGCCCCUUCACCAACUCUCGGGCCCGACGCCGGCAACCUCACCUCUAUCGUCACUGCUGUCACAGCCAAAUCCAGGCCGACAGGUGUCCGGGCUUUAUACUCUCUGUCGUACAUGUGGUACAGCGUGCACAACUCCACCACCGUGGUUGUGGUCGGCCUGAUCGUCAGCCUGCUCACGGGUCCCAUGAAGGAGAAGGAUGUUGCUCCUGGCACUGUGUACCCUGUGCUGGGUAAUCUGCUCUUCUUCCUGCCCGAACGCUACAAGGAAAAGCUGUGCUGCGUGACUCCGCUGCAGCCGAGGUCACCGCCUGGACAGUCGAAGGCAAUAGGUACACAGCCUUACCAGAUGGGCCAAAAGGAGAGCAAUGGAAUGAUCUACCGCAAAGAGGUAGGCAGGAUUGAGGAGGAAGACGAAGAGCCGUCGAAGGAGGAGACUACCAUUCCUACCUGCGACAUAGCCCACGAGGUUCUGGAGACAGCAUUGUAAUACCACCCCCCCCUCCCCAACCUACCUGCAUAAACGUUCUGGUAUACAUGCUGAGCUCCACUAGCCUUCCUGGUGAAGGGGAGGGGGCUAGGAAAACAAUUGUCAUCUGCACAUGAAACGCAGUUCAUUAGGACCACAGACUGUAGACUAUUUUACGACCUGGCCAAACCCUGAAGCCACACUGUAGGGCGGCCACUUGUCUGCAUGUGCUGUGAUAAGAAAGACGGCCAAUCAUGUGUCUGGGCCGUGGAGACACUCUACGGUUGUCCGUGGGGAGUUGAAAUGCACUCAGGUGCUGUUGUCACCAAUAUUUUCAUACCGUCUUUGUAAUUCACGAAUAUGCAUCAAUCACUGUGAGGAAAAAUUGAGUUAGUUCUAGAACUCCACUGUAGAAGAUCGUAGACCUUGAACUUCAUGCAGGCUGUUGGCAUGAAUCUACUGAAGAACUGCAUUGUAGUUGGAAGCAUCAACUGUAAACAUAAUGAUUUUAAAAAAGAAAAGAAAAGAUGCUCUGAGAUGUGCCAUUUAUAAGCAAACUCCAGAGUGAGAGAACCUGGAGAACACUGUCCACUUCUGCAGAUACUCAACAUGUUUUGCUUUAGCUUUAUAGAUUCUGGGAUGAACAAAGCUGAUUACUCUGGACCUUCAACGGACCUGUUUUGAAAAGGUUCCUCAGGGCUCAGGAGUUCCACGUGGUUAGCGGAGAGCAAAGAUUGUGUUAGACAUAGGGUCACUGUGGGCUUGGGCUUUAAUACUUACUACCAGUGUCCCCAGUAUGGUUAAUGGAAGGAACCAGAGUUCCCAGUAUGACUAGGGUCGGGUUUGUGGUCUGGGGUCUUGUGUUGUUGAGUGCCUCUCUGACCUAAAGGGGUCUUGUGUUGUUGAGUGCCUCUCUGACCUAACCUCAGAUGUUUUCAGUUUUAGUUUUUCAUUUUGUUAAUAAAAUUACAUCAGGGACAUCAAAGCGGAGAAACACUACUGUCCAUGUGAAAGUUUGAAUAUCUUGUUUGUGUGAAUUAUCUACAUCCAGCAGUCCUACAAAGUACAGAGUUCAUCAGUGCCUGGUCUUGACAGGAAUUCUUAUACAACUAUAUUUGACAAAGCGUUGUUUCACGUGUGAGUGUAGAAGCUGAGAAACUUUAAACUGCCGGUUUAAACUGCAUAUGUAAUGAUGUUUUGCGUGGUUUGUAGAAGAACGUGUUUAUGUCUGAUGGUUUCCUUUAAUUUCAUGAAGCAUUCUGUGAAAACGGCUCUUUUGAGCGUUUUGUGUGUAUUUCAUACUACAUCUGUGUGUCAUAAGAAACCAUCGUUUUAAAUGUCAAACUCGUGCUUUUAAUUAGACUUGUCUAUUUUUGCGAUAUAUAGAUGUAAUUGAGUAAUUGUGUUAGAUAUCGUGUAAGUUGAAGUGAAUGAGUGCUAGAAGUUCCAAUUAAUGUUAUUACGUCGGUAAUUAUCGUCAGCAGUUUCUUGAUGCAUUUUUUUAAGGCGAAUUGGUUAAUUUUAAUGAAUCUCUUCUAAGCAGUCUCUCCUGUUUUGGUCCAUGUUUAGGCAUCGUGACGAGGGCUCUGUCUUGGACGCAGGUUUGCGAGUGAGCCGUCUCACUCGGUCAUGCCUCCUGAACUUAAGCCAUAUUAUCUGGUUAGUGACCCUUGGCUGUGUGUGAUCGCUGCUUGUGUACCUCAAGGCUUUAUUUCCUUGAGUCUGACGCCCUGUCACAGAAGUCUGUGGCGCGUUUACGCGACAACAUCGAUCAUUCCCCUCAGCAGGCUCAGACGACCUUGUGGUUGUCACUUGAUUAUUGAGUUCCCUGUGAAUCAAUUAUAAUAAGAUAAGAGUUGAGAGCUGAGGUGGAACUACAAUCGGAUUAUCUUUUGAUCUAGGUUGGAGCGCUGUUGUGCAGG